UAUUCUCAUGGCGUUGCUAUCACGCAGGGGUCUGAAUCCUCGCUGUUCUAAGCGCCGUUCGUGAGCUCGUUAUGCAGCAGCCGUGAACCUCGACUCCGCUCAACGAUUAUGGCCCGUAGGAAAGACAAGGAGCCGCCUGAGCGUCGCGACGAGUGCCACAGCUGUGGCGGUUUCUAUGCUCAGCGGUCCUCUGCGAGCUGUCUGUGCCUGGUGUGUCACAGUUUUCUGUACCCCGUUAGCUCAUGCGAGGUGCAUUCCAUUCGUCGACCCAACGUGGUGAACAAGAGCGACAGCGAAGACAGUGGCACCGAGGAGCCGAAAGACUUCUACGAGACUGUUCAACCGCCCCCGUCGAAGAGAGUUCUCAAGCCUAAUAGGCAGAGUAUUAAGAAGAAUCCACCCACGGAGCUCAACGAGGUCCUACAAGCGCUCUGUCACGCGCGACCCGUCGACGAUAUCCUGCAAGAUGGUCUCAUAGGAAGCCUUCCUGAGGAGAUAAUCCUCGCAAUAUUCUCCUACCUCGACGACAUUUCUCUGUGGAGUGCGUCACAGGUAUGCGAGCGCUGGAAAGACAUCAUCGAUCGCCAGCUGACGGAGUCAAAUUGGCGAAGAUUCACGCGGAUACGGUGGCCGUUCCUGACUCUGGACAGACCCGCCCGGAGUUGGAAGCAAACUUAUUCAAACUUGAUCCUGAGCUCGAAUUGCUUCCUUUGCCUCUCUCAAGUGAACGAUCGUCUGAAACAUGCCAAGCAACAUUGGCACUUCCAUCAAAAAGUUCAACCGACACGAGCUUCGACUUCGAGAAGUCGCACCGACGUAUCGUGUAUCUGUCGGGAUUCGAGGAUAGCGCAUGAGAUGUCAAUGCUCGCGGCGGACCCACUCGACGGUGUACUGCUGAAGCCGUUGGACGACCUCGUUUUCGGGGAAUGGCACGCUUGCAUUUUCGGUCCGGCCGGAUCUCCUUACGAAGGAGGCCAAUUCUACUUGAGCGUCAGCGUCUCCUGUCGAUAUCCCAUGGAUCCUCCAGUGGUUCGUUUUUUGACGAAGAUCUUCCAUCCGAACGUCAGUCGACACGGCGAUAUCGGAUUGGAUUCACUCCAGCAUAACUGGUCUUUGGCGUUGACACUUUCGAAAAUUCUGCUCAGCAUACAGUCUCUACUCACCGAUCCCUACACGAGAGUGUGCAUGGAGCCGGAAAUCGGAAAACUCUAUCGAGAGAAUCAUGCGCUUUACGAGCAUACGGCUAGGCUGUGGACGACGCUGUACGCCAAACACCAUCUCCAACGUGUUCCCUGAGCACUCGAUCGACUCCCCCCGCCGAUCUGGGAGCAUGAUAUCAAGCUCGAUCUACCCCAUACUGUAAAGUCUUCAUGAAUAUUGUAAAUUUGAUUCCUCUGUUCUCGAACGGCCACGCUUUGAAAGAUGGCUCCGAGGUCGAGGAGGCAUGGACAUCAGUUUUAUGGAAUCCACGGCUCUUCAUCGUCACUGUUA